AGGGGGUGUGUGCGCGCGGAGCACACCCCGGUCCCGUGCGCUCAAUCCGGCAGCUCGCGCGCCGCGCUCACCAGCCUUUCAGCCCGGAGUGCAUCGUCAAAGUUUGCGACGCCUUCCCGUGCGCGUUUAUCCCCCCUCGAGUAAAAGACCAUUAUAUAAAUUGCCUAUUUUUCCAAGUAUUGCUUUCACAACUGAAAGGGAAGACGGAGAAGUGAAGCAGGGUGAGAUACUAAAUACUCAGUUUUCCAAAGAAGUCAAGGAAUAAUGGACAGCAAUUUGGUGGAAAUAUUUAAGGAAGACAAGUGCCUGUCCGUGAUGUCGGAAGACUGUUUCAUUAACUCCACAUGGCUGCCUGUUUAUUCUGACACGGACAAUUUGACGACCCCAGGCACCUGGGAGACUGAGUCCAUGCCGCCGAUCAUACCUCUUAUCACGGCAGUUUACUCCGUGGUGUUCGUGGUCGGCUUGGUGGGUAACUGCCUUGUCAUGUAUGGCAUCAUCAGAUAUACGAAGAUGAAGACGGCCACCAACAUCUACAUCUUCAACCUGGCGCUGGCAGACGCCCUGGUCACCACCACCAUGCCCUUCCAGAGCACCUACUACCUGCUGAACUCAUGGCCCUUCGGUGAGGUGGUCUGCAAGGUGUUCAUCUCCAUCGACUACUACAACCUCUUCACGAGUACCUUCACGCUCACCAUGAUGAGCGUGGAUCGCUACAUCGCCGUCUGCCACCCUGUCAAAGCCCUUGACUUCCGCACGCCUGUCAAGGCCAAGAUGGUCAACGUAUGCAUCUGGAUCCUAUCUUCGGCGGCUGGGAUUCCUGCUAUGGUCCUUGGAAGCACUCAGACUAACAACGGGACCACGGAGUGUGCCCUGCAAUUCCCUGAGCCAUACGUCUACUGGGACACGCUGAUGAAGAUCUGCGUGUUCAUCUUCGCCUUCAUCGUGCCAGUGCUCAUUAUCACGGUGUGCUACUCGUUAAUGAUUCUGAGGCUGAAGAGCGUUCGGCUGCUAUCUGGUUCCCGGGAGAAGGAUCGCAACCUGCGGCGGAUCACCAAGCUGGUCCUGGUGGUGGUGGCGGUCUUCGUGGUCUGUUGGACACCCAUCCACAUCUUCAUCCUGGUCAAGGUGCUUGCCACCGUGCCCUCCACCACUGCUGUCAACGCUGCCUACUUCUUCUGCGUGGCCCUAGGUUACAUUAAUAGCUGCCUCAACCCCAUCCUCUACGCCUUCCUGGAUGAAAACUUCAAACGAUGCUUCAAGGACUUCUGUCUGCCCACCAAACUGAAGGCGGACCGGACCAGCAACACCCGGGCCAGGAGCACUCUCCGAGAACCCUCCCAGCCGCAGGAGAACCUGGACAGAACCGGCAAGCCUGUAUGACUAGCCGUGGAACUGUCCUCCUUUACACCACAUGGAAGAGAGGAUUCAAAUGACCUUGGUUUAACACAGAUCACGUCGGCUGUCUGAACCCAUGACGCAACAUAUUCUGCUGCAGAAUCUACUGAUAUUCAUCUGCUUUGAGGAAGACUGGUGCAACACAUUCAUGCACCCCAUUUCACAAAGAAAUUACAGAAAUAACCAUUCGCCGGUAAAAAAUCUAAUCAAAUUUGUUUAUUGAAUAAUGGCGGACUGUACAACAUGAAACAUCCAUUAGCAAAUGAUCGAGUAUCAAAGUCCCAUAUGUAGGAAACAGAUUUAAUAAUAUGUCUGUUUGAGCAAAGUUCCUGCAGGAUUUGAUCAAGGAUGGAAUAUGUGUUGGGUUCAUGUUUCAUAUUUUCAGUAUUCAUUUAAAACUAUAGAAUGUUCCAGAAAGGACACUGAUUUGUGUGCCACCAUCAAUGUACAUGCAAGUGGAGGAUUUAAGUAAUGGUAGAAUAUUGUACAUAUAACAUAAUUUUGUAUGGUGAAGUUCUUAAUAGCUAUGUAUAGAGGCAGGGACAGUGCCUCCAGAUUCUUGUGCUAAAGGAGAUCCAUGAAGUUCUUAGCGAUCACAUUCUCGGAUCUGCCUCAGUAACCCUUGGCGUCUCUCUGUGCUGUUGUGAGGUGGCCUCGGGGCGUGAAUGUCUUGAAAUUAUUGAAAAUAAGCUGCCUUCACAUAAGUGUGCUUUUUUUCCGUUAGCUGUUAUGCCUCAAAAGCUCCACAAUCAGCAACAAGGAAUGAGGAUGAGCUGAAGUCAAUGGCUAUGCAGGCUCUGCAGAUUUCUUUGGUGCGUGAAACAUUUAAAUAAUGCUCUCAUGCUUAUUUUAAACAGCCAUAUAGGGGUUUUCCCAUUAAACACAUCACAUUCAUUAUACUUAGCUCUACAUAUUACAUCCAUCAUUAGCCUUAGCCAUUUUAGACAAAUGUUUUGCACACUGGGUUUUACUAUAUCUUAUUUCUGGAUGCCUGUAAUAUAUCUGGUACAGAUCAGUUGGCCCUCAGUAGAACAGAGCUUGUUUCCAUGCUCAUUUUAUUUAUAUAACAAAUCCUUUUGUCCAAAGUGAUAUGCAUGUAAGGAAAGCAGAGCCAGUCAGCAUCUAUGGAGCUGUUGGAAUUAGAGUGUUGUUCAAGGCGAUUAUUCUGCCCAUCACAGAAUUUGAACCCACAACCUCCAGGAUAGAGGCACAAAUGCCAAACCCACAGCUACACACCACCUCUCCAUCACAAGCCACCAACACCGGUAUUCCCUCAAGUUGCUAUUCCUUGUAGAUCCCAAAGGGAACUACGAAUCAAAACCUAAUGACCCCACAUACACCAAAUACUCAAGUACAGGAUAUUAGUGUUUAAUGACAUUUAGGAAAAUCCUUCAUAUUAUCUCGUUAAGAGUUCACUCUUUUCGACUUUCCUUCUUGCCUCCCAAUGUGCUUGUAAGAAUUAUCAUUUUUUAGAGGUAUCCCAGAAAAUCCCUCUACCAGGAUUUCAACCUUUUUCCCAACAGCUGCAGCUCUUGGCACAAGUCGCUCCUGGCUUAGAAGCAAUUCUAGUAUCUCUGUAUAUUAAAAAUGCCAAGAGCUGAUUCUUGAAUAGAUCACAGGCCUGUUUCCUUUUUUAUUUGCAUCUUCGACAUGCCUUACACAUGUAGAUAACCCAUUUUUGAGAUCUUCUUUUGAGAAUUGUCAUUUAACUCAACGUUGAGUAUUAAUAUUGUGUAAAAAAAACAAAAAAAACAUCAGUGUGAUGUGUCUCAGAAGUCAACAAGAGUGUUUUUUUUAAUAUUGAAGACUGGUAUACUGAAGGACAAUGACCUGAUGGGCAGGAAAACACUUAGUGUUUAUAGCCUAGUUUAUACUGACAGCCACUUGGUUUUAAACUUUUCCUGACACCUCAAGGGGAGAAUAGCAUUUUUCAUUGUGCCAUUUUUUGAUGUACAAUCCUUUACUUUUAUGGACAGAAUAAUUUAUUCUAUUUAACACAAGUGACCUUGAACAUCCAGGAUCCAUGCGUCAGAGUUUUCCAGUUGGACUCUCUGUGCCAGGGAACGUUUGCACUGUAAGUUGCAUGCUCUGAAAUUCCCAGAGCUGAAUGGUGCACUUCAGGCUUGAAUCUGACAGACCGUGGGAUUAUACCCAUAAUCCAUUGCUGCUGGGGGCAUAAAAGGAUAUUCCAGCUCAGAAUGGCAUCCUUUAUUCAAGUUGAGCUUGAACUUCCUGUUAGAAGAUGGUGAGAAUCCUGGAGUUGAAUGUUCAUUUGAAAUUUGACAGAGGGCUUUACACUUUGACCUUUGCAGGUCUAGUUGUAAUUAUUAUAAUAUAAUUAAUAUUGACAUCUGUGGUACAUGUCUCACUUUUGGAUGCAUUAAUGUACAGUGGUACCUCGGUUCUCGAACU